ACCUACAUAUAUUAUAUAACAUAAUACAUUUAUUUAAUAUUAUCUAUUUCCUUCCCCGGACACCGGAAAAGAAACUUUGAACUCUUGAGUUUCUACCAAUGAAAGAGAUGCAGGCUGCCGGUGGUCGGAACAGCUGUGUCAGAUUGGUUGCGGCUAUGAGAGGAUACUAACUGAAGAAAUGAGUGCAAGGAGAAGAGGUGGGAAGCCCAACAGAGGAGGGGGGAAGUUUAACAAGCCAAGAGGAAGAGGAGGUGGAGGUGGUGGCGGAGGUGGAGGUGGAGGUAGGAAAGGCGGAGCUGGUCUCUGGGAUGAUGGAGAUGAUUUCAGCCUUGACUUUGAACCCUCUCGUCCCAGCAGACCUGGCAAAGGACGAGGAGGUGGCAGUAGCCGUGGCGGUGGCAGUAGCCGUGGCAGUAGCCGUGGCGGUGGCAGUAGCCGUGGUGGCGGCAGUAGUCGUGGUAGUGGCAGGGAUGGAGGUAGAGGAAGGGGAGCCAGAGAUUAUGACAGGGAUGGCAGAGGCGGGGGGAGAAGCAGCGUCAAGGAUCUCCCAAGGUCCCUGGCGAGGACACGGCCGAGCCCAAAGACAGGUGACAGCAUCAGGCCGGAAAUGAGCACCAUGCCCUUGCAGAAGAUCUUCAUGACUAAUGAAAACCAAGAACAACUCAAGGAGCUGCUGCGGAAUUUGCAGGCCCAGGACUUUGAUGAGGCAUAUGAUGAAUCUGGUUCAGAUUAUUCAGAGGGAGAAGAAAAUGAGGAGGAGUUUGAUGAGCUGGACCACCGUGAAGAAGGCCAGUUUUGGGCCACUAAUGACGAACCCGUUGAGAGAGCAGAGAGUCCAGCAUAUGAGACAGAGUCUGAUGAUGAACGACCCACCCCUGAACCUGUCAUCUCCUUAUUUGCCAUAGGGAAACUCUGCAGGUAUGGGUUUGACAGGGAGCGCAGCAAGCAGGCUUUGGAGGCUGGUGGAGGGGAAUUCGGGGCCACUUUGGAACAGCUACUCAGUCAGGUCUUCAAUGAGCGUUACGGACAGAAAGCUCUUUCCUCUGAUGGCCUUGAAGGGGUACCUAUGGAUGAGUGUUUGAGCCAGAGGCAGGAAGAAGCUCUGGCUCUAACUGCCAUUUAUGGGGAUCGCUUCAGUGAGCGUAUUGCAAAUACAGUCUGGACAGUAACCCUAGACCUCUUGUUCCUCGCAGACACAGCUGCCAACAAUGGAAGGCAAGCUGGGAGUCGAGGUGGUAGAGGAACUGUUAACGCCCGUGAUGUCUGCCGAUUCUUCCUGAAAGGGCAGGGCUGCCGGUUUGGGGACAAAUGCAAGUUUAAGCACCAACUCCCCACUGAUAAAGGGAAAUCUGGGGCUGGUUCCCCAGAUCCAUAUGGUCCUAGCCAGCCUGGCUUCAGCAGUUUUUCUCCUCCUGAAUAUGAACUAGUGAUCCGUUUCCCAAAAGGAAAUCGUUACCCAUUUCAGGCACCAAUAGUCGCCUUCAGCACCACCGACGAGUCUUUCGGGGCUGCAGGGAGGCUCAGCAUCACUGAAAGAUUGUUUGGAGAAGCGUUGGCUGCAGCAAAGAGCAACGAGCCUGUUGUUUACACUCUAAUCAGCUUAUGUGAGGAUGAAACUACUGUGAAGGAAUUGCUGGCUGUCAGUCAUCACAAAUACAGCACGCCACCGCCUGUUGUGGUUCCUCCACCCUCUCUUUCUGUGGCAAAGAGUAAAAGUGUAAAGAGCAAUGCUUCUGAGGAAAGCAGGAGUAGUAGUAAUUAUACCAACAGCAGAAGGCCUCCUCCACCUACCAACCAGAGACCCAUAGAUCUCAAAGAAACGGGAGAAGAGGAGCUGGAUGACAGGGAUGAAGACGAUGAGGAUGAAACUGUUCCAGUUGAGAGUGAAAGUUAUGUCAAUCUGAGGAAGAAGAUGGUGAACAAGCACAACCUGAAGAUCGACAACUUACUGAAAGAAAAUGGCAAGCUUUGCAGGGACUUUAAAAAGAAACAGUCAUCUGGGCGUUUCAGGUCCAUGUUGGAGCAGAGGAGGAAACUGCCGGCUUGGCAUGAAAAAGAAAACAUCCUGGACCUGUUAGACCAGUGUCAGGUGCUGGUUGUCAGUGGGAUGACCGGGUGUGGUAAGACGACUCAGAUCCCUCAGUUCAUUCUUGACGCCUCGUUAGGUGGUCCUGCAGAGCAGGUGGCCAACAUCAUCUGUACUCAGCCACGCCGCAUCUCUGCCAUCUCGGUGGCCCAGAGAGUAGCGCAGGAGCGUGCAGAGUCACUCGGCAACUCAGUGGGCUACCAGAUCCGCCUGGAGAGUGUUCGGACAUCUGCCACCAGACUGCUGUACUGCACCACAGGUGUGUUACUGAGGAGACUGGAGGGCGAGGCAGACCUCAAAGGCAUCACACACGUCAUUGUGGAUGAGGUGCACGAGCGAACGGAGGAGAGUGACUUCCUGCUGUUGGUGUUAAAAGACCUGAUUAUGCAGAGGCCAGACCUGAAGAUCAUUCUAAUGAGUGCCACACUGAAUGCCAACCUCUUCUCUGACUAUUUUUACAACUGUCCUACUGUCCACAUACCAGGUCGUACUUUUCCUGUCGACCAGUUUUUUCUUGAAGAUGCCAUCACUAAAACACGUUUUGUCAUGGAGGAUGGCAGCCCUUACAUGCGCUCAGGGAAACAGAAUUCAUCUUCCUCAAGUGGACGUGGAAGCAAAGGAGAGCAAAGGGACAUGGUGGACGACCUGGGUGAUGACAUGUGGAACUUCAUGUCUCUCUGUAAGAAGGACUUUGUCAAAGACUCCAUUCCAGACCAGCAGCUCAGCCUGCAGGAUCUCACAGUCAGAUACAAAGAUGUUAAGAAACCUGUGCUGAAGACUAUUGCUGCAAUGGACCUGGACAAGAUUAACAUGGACCUGGUGGAGAGCCUGCUGGAGUGGAUUGUAGAUGGAAAACAUAACUACCCUCCAGGUGCAGUGCUUGUGUUUUUGCCAGGCCUGGCUGAGAUCAAGAUGCUCUACGAACAGCUCAAGUCCAACAGAAUGUUCAAUAACAGGGGUGCAAGCAGGUGUGAAGUGUACCCUCUCCACUCAACCCUGUCCAAUGAAGAGCAACAGGCAGUUUUCAGCCGCCCCCCAGAGGGGGUCACAAAGAUCAUCAUCUCCACCAACAUCGCAGAGACCUCGGUUACCAUUGAUGACGUUGUUUAUGUCAUCGACUCUGGCAAGAUGAAGGAGAAAAGGUACGAUGCAACUAAAAGCAUGGAGAGCCUGGAGGACUCGUGGGUUUCUCGGGCCAACGCUCUGCAGAGGAGGGGUCGAGCAGGUCGCGUGGCCUCGGGGGUCUGCUUCCACCUCUUCACCAGCCACUGCUUCCAACACCAGCUGGCUGAGCAACAGCUGCCUGAGAUCCAGAGAGUUCCUCUAGAGCAGCUCUGCCUCCGAAUCAAAAUCCUGGAUGUGUUUGCUGAGCGGACGCUGGAGUCUGUGUUCUCUCGGCUCAUCGAGCCCCCGGCUAUGGGAAGCUUAGACGCAGCCAAGCAGCGCCUGCAGGACCUUGGAGCUCUAACUGCAGAUGAGAAGCUGACCCCGCUGGGCUACCACCUGGCCUGCCUGCCCGUCGACGUGCGCAUCGGGAAACUCAUGCUGUUCGGUGCCAUCUUUCGCUGCCUCGACCCAGCACUCACCAUCGCUGCCAGUCUGGCCUUCAAAUCACCAUUUGUGUCUCCAUGGGAUCACCGGGAAGAAGCGAAUGAGAAGAAACUGGCCUUUGCCGUGGCCAGUAGUGAUCAUCUAGCGCUGCUGCAGGCAUACAAGGGAUGGUGCUCUGCUGCAAGGAAUGGCAACCAGGCUGGCUACCUUUACUGCCGGGAGAACUUUCUGUCUGGACGGGGCUUACAGGAAAUCGCCAGUUUGAAGAGGCAGUUUGCUGAGCUGCUGUCUGACAUUGGCUUCAUCAAGGAGGGGCUGAGGGCCAGGAUGAUAGAGCGCAUGUGCUCUAAAGGCACCGAUGGUGUUCUGGAGGCAACUGGCCCAGAGGCUAACUUGAACUCAGAAAACAUCCGGCUGAUGUCCGCCAUGCUUUGUGCUGCUCUCUAUCCCAAUGUGGUCCAGGUACGAGCUCCUCAGGGGAAUUACAAGAUGACCAGCAAAGGAGCGAUGAAGAUGCAGCCCAAAGCCAACGAGCUGCGCUUCAUGACCAAGAAUGAUGGCUGUGUCCAUGUGCACCCGUCUUCAGUUAACUACACGGUCCGCCACUACAACAGCCCUUACCUGGUUUACCACGAGAAGGUGAAGACGAGCCGCGUCUUCAUCAGGGACUGCAGCAUGGUGUCUGUUUACCCGCUGGUGCUGUUUGGAGGCGGACAGGUCAACGUGGAGCUGCACAAGGGAGAGUUUAUCAUCUCCCUCGACGACGGAUGGAUCCGAUUUGCUGCCGCUUCUCACCAGGUGGCUGAGCUGGUGAAGGAGCUGCGCUGGGAGCUGGACCAGCUGCUGGAGGACAAAAUCAGAAAUCCGAGCAUGGACCUGUGCAGCUGCCCCCGCGGCUCCCGCAUCAUCCACAUGAUAGUCCACCUCAUCACUACGCAGUAGCUCUGCUACUUAAAACCCACUUCCAACCCUUUCUGUCACCCUCAGGGGCUUACAUGCAUGGAGCUCUGCAGUGAAGGUGUCUGUCUGCUCCUGCACCACUGCCACAAAGUGAUUUUGACAACAUGCUACUCCAUUAGUUAGUGAAGGCGAGGUCAGCAACCCUGAGACUGGUUAAAAUGUAUAUUGUAUCUAUCACAGAGCAGCAGGGCAGAUACUGACACUUAAUCACAAGUUUACAUGAAAAAAAAGCUAUUUAUUGUGCUACUGCACUGGAGGCUUUUUAUAGCAAAAACCAACCAUGGCUCUAUGCAGGUAAUUAACAAACCUCCAUCAUUGUUAUUGCUGGAAUGAAGUGCUUCUCGCUAUUUUCACAAGUCUUAUUUUGACAAUUCAACAAUAGAGAAGGUCUUGUUUUUAGAGGCCAUACUUCUACUGUAUGCACAGUAAAUUGGCACACGGUUGUUGAAUUUGAUAUCGGAUAUAAUUUGCAAACAGUGCAUUUUUAUUUUGGGUUGUGUGUCUCACUCACAA